AUGGCUUUCUUUGGCUUCCGCGCGUACCCUACCCCGAUCCUGAAGCCUCUCUGGCCCUUCAUGGCCUCGGCCGGUAUUGUCUACUACGUUGUGAGCAAGCUCCAGUACUCUGGUGUCCGCUCGGCUGAGUACGCCAAGGACCCGAAGAACCCGUACGCGACGCAAAUUGCGAAGGAGGCCUCGCACCAUUAA